UUUCUAAAGACAAAACCUUUUUAUAAACUACCGUACAAGUUAGAAAAACUCUACUCCAUUAAUCUCAUCGAAAUUUCUUACCUCCUGUUUCCACCACCAAACCAAAACUCAACUAGUACACUGUAGAUUAUUGAAGAGUAAUAAGUGUGAGUGCAGAAACUAGAAACCCCAACUUUCUCACUUUCCCAAACCAACAACAAAGAACCAAAAAAACACACUCAAAAUGGCCGCAGCUGCACCACCACCAGCACCAACCCCAGCUGCCACAGCACUACCAGACCCAACGCCAAUAGGUUACCCUCUCUUCACACGCAUCCGUCUCGCCACCGCAUCGGACGUCCCUCACAUCCACAAGCUCAUCCACCAGCUAGCCAACUUCGAACACCUUGCCCACCACUGCUCCGCCACCGAAGCCUCCCUCUCCUCCACACUCUUCACUUCCCCACCUUUCCAAUCCUUCACUGUCUUCAUCCUCGAACUCUCCCAAACCCCAUUCCCUCCCCAACUCCACACACACUCAGCUCUCUUCUCCCCCAUUACCCAAACCAUCACUCUCGACCUUCCCAUCGAUGACCCAGAAACCGAAACCUUCAAAUCCAACGAUAAAGAUUGUGGCUUUGACGUUGUGGUUGGUGGGUUUGCUUUGUUUUUUCCGAACUACUCGACUUUCUUGGGGAAACCAGGGUUUUACGUGGAGGACUUGUUCGUGAGGGGGUGUUACAGGAGAAAAGGGUUUGGGAAGAUGCUACUUUCAGCUGUGGCUGCGCAAGCUGUGAAGAUGGGGUAUGGGAGAGUGGAGUGGGCGGUGCUUGAUUGGAAUGUGAAUGCUAUCAAGUUCUAUGAGGAAAUGGGUGCUAAGGUCUUGCAAGAGUGGAGGAUUUGCAGGCUUACUGAUGAGGCUCUCCAAGCUUAUGCCAAUCCUGCUAUCUAAAAAUUAAUGGGUUUUUUUUUUUUUUGGUGGCUUUUAUUUAUUUGUUUGUGUAUAUGGAUUCCAAGAAAUGGAAAGGAACAGUGGGGUUAGUGUGCAUGACUAGGGGGAAGAUGUAGCUGAUGUGAGUGUGUUUGUGAUCUACUUGAUUCCUUGAUGUUUUCUCUAUGUAAUUUGAUUUCUAUAUGCUUAGUUGGUUCCUCAAAUUUACUUUCA